UAGUAGCGGGCUUAAAGUGAGAACUUGAUAAAUGUUUAUUGAACUUCAUUUCAACAAUUUACAUGUGAGUAAGGAAAGGCCCAAAGAGGUAAAGAUGCUUGACAAGGUCACACAGGUAAUGAGGUUCAGAGCCAGGACAUGAAUCCAAUCCUGUGACACCAGAACCAGAACUCGGUCCCUUACACCAUGCUCUAUUUGCUAUUGAUCAGCAAUAAUUAUCCUGCUAUACCUAUCUGAGCUGAUUCAUACAUUACAUUUUCUUCCUGUUUUAUUUUGAGUCCAAAAAAAUUUUUAAUAUUCUUUAACUGAUUAUUUCAAGAUAUAGAAAAAAAUAAGGAAUAGAGACUAAACACUGAUUUACUACAGUAAACAAUUAAGAUUUUAAAAUAUUUCUCAGCUGUCAUACUUGACUGUCUCUAUCACAGGAGGAUGUGGAAAAAUCAAACAUUGAUCAUAGAAUUUAUCCUUCUGGGAUUUCCCGUCAGGCCAGAAAUACAGAUAUUCCUCUUUGUGCUCUUCUCCUUGUUUUAUGCUGCCACUCUUCUGGGGAAUGGCAUCAUCCUGGGACUCAUCUGUCUGGACUCCCAUCUCCAUAUUCCCAUGUACUUCUUCCUCUCACAUCUGGCCAUUGUUGACAUGUCCUAUGCCUCAAACAAUGUACCCAAGAUGCUUGUGAACCUACUGAGUAAGGACAGAGGCAUCUCCUUUGCUCCCUGCAUUAUGCAGAUUUUUUUGUAUUUAGCUUUUGCCAGUGUGGAGUGUCUUAUCUUGGUGGUGAUGUCCUAUGAUCGUUAUGUAGCAAUCUGCCAUCCCCUCAGAUAUACUGUCAUCAUGAAUUGGAGAUUGUGCAUUACUCUGACCAUCAUUUCCUGGGCAUUCAGCUUCCUCCUUGCUCUGGUCCAUGUGAUUCUCAUUUUGAGGCUGCCCUUCUGCGGACCCCGGGAAGUCAACCACUUCUUCUGUGAGAUCUUGUCUGUGCUCAAGCUUGCUUGUGCUGAUACUACACUUAACCAGCUAGUUAUCUUUACAGCCUGCGUGUUCAUCCUAGUUGGACCUCUCUGCUUAGUUCUGAUCUCCUACAUGCGCAUUCUCUAUGCUAUCCUGAGGAUCCAGUCUGGGGAAGGAAGAAAGAAAGCAUUCUCUACCUGUUCCUCCCACCUCUGUGUAGUUGGGCUCUUCUUUGGCAGUGCCAUCAUCCUAUACAUGACCCCCAACUCCAGCCAUCCUGAAGAGCAGCAGAAAAUCCUCUCCUUAUUUUACAGUCUCUUUAACCCUAUGUUGAAUCCCUUGAUCUAUAGCCUGAGGAAUGCAGAGGUGAAAGGUGCUCUAAGGAGAGUAUUGGGGAAGGAAAACCCUUCCCCAAACAUGUAACUUGCUCAUAACCAAUUCCAAUCCAUUCUUCUUCUUGGUGCUGUCUCAUAGAUCUGAGUAUAAAUCAACAGCAACAACAGUUGUCUGCUUUCUCUGUCUCUCUGACCUGGUAAAUCUAAAAAUUCUGGAUACUUCCAGUUUAUUUUUCAUGAUAUCUUCCCUAUUUAGCUACAAUACUUUUAAUAUUGCUUUUUGCUUAGUGUUUAUGGUUAAAUCCUUUUUGUGUACCUAAGAAAAGAUUCAAAAUAUAAAGUUUAUAUUAGAUUUAUAUCUCAUACUAAGUAAUAACCCAUUUCCUUC